AUGUCUUCCAACCCCGAGAACGGCAAUAAGGAAUUCCUUGAUCCUGGUCUUGCAGUUACCGCAAAGGUCUCGGAACCAUGGACGGUGGAUAAGGUGCUAGAGACGAUCACUCCUGAAGCUCCUGCCCAAGGAACAAGCUCACCACUUCCGUUCUUCCACAUCAUUGAGCGUUUGAAGACCGGCAAACGGGAAGGAUGGCGACGAUUUGGGAUCAACAGAGGCGAAUCGAUAGCCGACCACAUGUAUCGCAUGUCCCUAAUGACCUUCCUAUGCCCACCAUCGCUUGCGCCGAAGAUCGAUCUGAACAAAUGUAUGAAGAUGUGUCUUGUUCACGACAUGGCCGAAUCGAUAGUGGGAGAUAUCACACCGGUAGAUGGUGUCCCAAAACCCGAGAAGAGCCGUCGCGAAGCCGAGACGAUGGAUUAUAUCUCCAAGAACCUGCUCGGUAAGGUAUAUGGCGGUCUGGCGGGACAAGAGAUCCGAGCAAUCUGGCAAGAGUACGAAGACUCUAAAACGUUGGAUAGUCUAUUCGUCCACGACUUGGAUAAGAUGGAACUAUUGAUGCAGAUGGUGGAGUACGAAAAGCGGAUGAACAAGAGCCUUGACCUCGGCGAGUUUGCGUACGUAGCGACCAAGGUAGUGCUGCCGGAGAUCAAGGAGUGGGCGAAAGAGAUCCUGAAAGAGCGCGAUGAAUUCUGGGGGGUAAAACCGCACGUACAUGGCGAAGCCGGGGUGAAUGGCGGUGUGAAAGAGACAACGCGCCAGGGUCAAGAUGAAUAUUACUCCAAAGAAAAGGAGUAA